AUGGACGCAUCGAACAAUGUGUUUCGCGGCACCAGCGCGGUGGCAGACUUCUUCGACCCCGACAAGAACCCCCCACUGCCACUCGUCGAGAUUCCCGACCGGCUGAACCCGUACAGGCAAGAUGGUGUGCGCAUAUAUGCCAAGAUGCUCACGCAUCUGCCUGCCCAGAAUGUCAAAUCCUUACCCGUGGGUACCGGAGGCUGUAUCACUGGGACGGCGUCAUAUCUUAAGUCACAAAAGCCGUCAUGUCGGAUACUAGGCGUUUUCAAUGUCUUUGGCGAUCCAACCCCUGGCCCACGGCACUUCCAGGGAUUCAACACAUGUGGAUUCCCUUGGACACAAAACGUCGACACCUUUGUCGAAGUGCCAUCGACAGACUCGUUUCGCAUGUCCAUGAAGUUGACGAGGGAAGGCCUCAUUGCCGGUCCCUCGUCUGGGCAAGCACUGAAAGGCCUCCUGGAUCAUAUCGGACAGCUCAAGGAGGCCGGUACAAUCGCCGAGCUGGCUGAUCCCACCACCGGGGAGGUAUCCUGCGUGUUUACAUACUCUUACAGAUGCGACCAAGCACGCCACGACGAACGCUGGAUCCUCGAGCCAGCCCAAGCCGCCGCGAUGCUCCGUCUCAACGACCCACCAGAAUUGCUGCCCCCUCACAAGGACGAAACCACCAUUUCCUCCGCCAGCCUCGACUCCUCCAUCCAAGCAACCCACCUCCCAGCUACCCCCACCACCCUCACCAACCGCCCCCCAACACUCUGGUCGACCCUUCAAAUCCUGCCUCGCCGGGCCUCCUCCACCCCAACCACGCCUCAAACGACCCCCAACCAUCACAACCACCAACAACCCACAACCCCCCCUUAA